CUCUCCUGACUUGAAAUGAAACUCUCCUUUGCCACUACCUUCCUCGCCGCCGCCACUGUGCUUGCUGCUCCGUCCCCAAACGACUACGACAAGCGAGCUGUGGUUGUCAAUAUUGCUAGUCUUCAGCAGGCUGCCAAUAAUUACCAAACCUAUGUGAACCAGCUCAACAACAUCCUAUCCCAGAUGCAAGACACACAAAACAACAUUCUGAGCAGUUUUCAAGGCAGCGCACGGGCCUCUCUGAACAGUGCUCAAUCGGAUGCCACUAACAAGAUCCACGGGGCUAUCGGGGAUAUCUCGAAGAUCGUGUCCGGAAUCAACGGUGCCAUAUCCUCGUACCAGGGUGCUGAUGGCCACGCUGCUGGUCAAUGGAACUAAAGGGCAAUCCGUUGAUUCGAAGGAGUAGUUUUCAGUUUAUG